GACUGUGUGGACUCCUUGUUUGUUUUCUGGGCCAACAUCCGAACAAAGGCCUGCCCCUUUUCAUGAGGAUUUCUCUACCGCCAUCGUUACUUUACGUGUAAUCACGAUUACUAAAUCGGAUUACGAUACUUUUAUUAUAUUUCGAGACGUCAAUAACAGUCGGGGUAGCGUCCGAAAUGGAUGUGGAUCACCAUGAACCCUGCGGCGAGACUAAAUCGGCCAUGCAUACUUGGCGUUAUCGCCACCAUUUCACGUACAAGGCAGAUCAAGGGAAAAAUAUCAUCGUCCAGUGUAAUCUAUGUCUGCCGAGGGUUAAUCUGCUCUCCACGUCGAAAACCUCCACGUCAAACCUAAAGAAGCAUUUAGACAGAACACAUUUGGGCUGUGAAGCCAGGCCUGAUGCCAAGAGGGGACGGAAGAAAGAAGAGCACAAUGGGGAAGAAAGUAGGCACUGCCAGCUGAAAAAACUUAAAGCAGAAAUCAUCUCCAAAUGCAUGACCCAGGCAAAGACUGAUGAUCUCAUUUUCAACUUCAUUGUGGAAGACUGCCAAUCGUUUUACGUGCUAGAGCAGCCCGGCUUCAGGAAGCUGAUUGCCGGCUUAACUGAAGGGCUAAAGUCCAUGGACAGAGUGACCUUGUUUACCAAGGUGGACCAGGGUUUUUCCAGGAUGCGUGAAGAGCUGAUGGCAAAACUCAGCAACAUCCAGUACGUGUGCACCACGGCUGACAUCUGGACGGCCAACAACAGAAGCUUCUUCGGGAUGACCUGUCACUGGAUCGACGCGGAUUCUUUGGAGAGGAAGUCUGCUGCUCUGGGCUUCGCGCGGCUGCAGGGCCGGAUCACGUACGACACCAUUGCCGGACGGAUACACGACAUCCACGUGGCGUACAACAUCGAGAGUAAAGUGCAGACCACGGUGACUGACAACGGCAGCCCCUUUAUGAGCGUGUUCAAAGAGUUUGCGAUGGACAGCACGGAAAACGACGAUGACAUUGGCUUCUACGAGAACGUCAGCGCAGUGCUGGAGGGCGAGCCGGAGCAGGACAUGCUCCUGUUUCUGCCCACCGUCCAGCGAUGCGCGUCUCACACCCUAGAGCUGAUUGUCACCGAGGACUUUUGGCAGGCUGUGUCGCAGGGGCCCAUGUGCCAGCUGCAUUACAGCGCGAUGGCCAAGAUGUACGCCAUCUGGAGCAAGUGCCACCAUCUUCAGGUCGGUAUGGAUGCGGCGGAGGAGAUCGGGAAGAUGGCUCUUGUCGUCCCCGCCGUCAUACGCUGGAACGUGGAGUACUGUGCGGUGCAGAAGAUCGUCUCUCUCACCGAGCGGGAGCUGACCGAGCUGUGUGCCCGCCUGGAGGUCCCACGCAUGCAGCCAGAGGAGAUGGCCUUCCUCAAAGAGUACGUGACCGUGUUCCACCCGCUCGCGUUUGCACUUGAACUUUUCCAAGCGGAGCAGAAGUGCUACCUGGGGCUGGUCAUCCCGACCGUACUCAGUCUGAAGAACAAGUUAAAUGAGCAGAAAGACGCGGCCACUUACUUCGGCGAUGUCAUCAGCGCCAUCGUGGUGGCCAUCGAUGUACGGUUCCAGGAGCUGUUCGCCAGCACGGAGGCGAAGAUCGCGACCGCAACCACUCCUCAGUUUCGUUUGUGGUGGAUGGCGGCCUCCGAGAGGGAGGAGAUGUGCGCCCUGCUGGCCACGGAGGCCUCCCAGGUGGACCCCUGUAACGUGACAGAGGCGAACCCCAGCCGCAAUCUGUCGACCAUCAAAUCUGAAGACGACUUCUUCAGCUACGGGCCCGUCAAGCCCGCCAUUCAGAUCCAGCAACGGGGAGUGAUGGACGAGAUCCGCAAGUACGUUGAAGGAACGGGGAAGAGCCUCGAGUGUCUGCAGGACUUCCCCAGAGUGAAGCAGCUUUUCCUUAAAUACAACACCACCCUGCCGUCCACAGCCCCCGUCCAGCGUCUCUUCAGUCAGAAAGGCAACCUGGUCACCUCACAGAGAAACUUUCUGACCGACGACUACUUUGAACGCAUUCAGCUUUUGAGAUACAACAGCAACGUGUGCACUUCGGUCACUGAGUGAACACAUUCCCAGUGACUCUCUCUCUAUCUCUCUUUCUCAGCCUUUGAAUUGAUGCAGAAUCAAACCAUAUUGUGCUAAAAUCAUUACAGGAAAACCCUGAGUUUUAUCUCAUUUCAGACAGUUUAGCCCAGAUGUGUUUUCUGUUUUCUAAUAUUCCUCCCCUACCUGUUUUGAUAUAUAUAUAUAUAUAUAUAUCUACCACUCCUGAAUGGCCUAAUGGAAAUAUCUAAUAGACAAUCAUGGACAAUGGCAUUCAAGGACUGACCAUUCUGACAAAAGCAUCUUUCUAUCCGUGCUAUUGUUGUGAUUUGAAGUAGCCACAGGGUGAAACUGAAGUGAUUUUGUCUUUCAGUUAAGCUAGUUUGUUUUUUCUACAGCUCUUCAAUGAGAAUGCAUCUCCUGUCUGUAUGUUUUAUAUCAUAUAUAAAGAGACAAGGAAAGAGCUUUUUUUUUUUUUCUUCCUGUCUUGUGUUUUGCCUUUUUCAUGACAACCAAAUGGAAACCAAAAGUAAUUAGAUCAGUGAUGGUAUGGUAAAAAGGCUGCCUUAUUUGCAUGCAAGCCCUUACUGGAUGAACAGAUACUGAUAACCGUUUCAAAAAAGCGCGUUUGUGUGUGAGGAUAACACACAGAGCACACAAAGACCAAAUAUCCAGUGCUGCACGGCCCCCGGGGUUUUCCUUGCCAUGUGCCCAGAUGUCAGUUAAGAGCUUUCGUCUUGUCAGGCAGCUGCCUGGGGACCCACUGGGGGCUGUCAGAGCGUACAAACACACACUCAUACACAGGCUCUGUCUGGACCCGAGCUGUCGAAAACAUGACACUUCUGAAGAUGCAAAACCAACCCCAAGAGAGUAUGAAAAGCUCUGGGAUUUGCUUUUUCUACUUUUCAACAUCAUAGCAUGUAUGAAUAUAUAUAUUCUAGUUAUCUCUCUGAGUUCGCCUGCAGCAGGCAGCGGGAUAAGACUGCCCAGCAGUGGACUGCUCUGAAACUGCCCUUCAAAAUCUAUUCUGCUUGACAGACAGGGCAUCGGGGUUAUAUUCAACAGCACAUCAGCUGAUAAGGACAAACACGGCUCGAACAUCUGAUUGCAGAGGAAGAACACAGCAAAUGUGUGUAGCUAGAGGGUUUCUGCAGAGAAUAAAACCUUAAAACCUGACAGCAUAGCAACCGGUUCAGAACUCAGUUGUAAUUUUAGAUGCAAAUUUUAAAAUGCUACAGGUUUUAGGAGUCAAAAAUAACUAUUAAACAAAUAAAGAAUUGAAGUUUGGUUCAUGGAAAAAAAAGCUGAAAUAAUUAUGUUACAAAAAUAAGUCACUAACUGCUGGAUGACAUUCACAUUCGAAGUUGAAAGUACUUUUUAAAGAUUGUGGAUCCAAAUGUUUUACAGCUUUAGGAAUAAUCUGUUUUUUAUUUCAGUUAAAUUAAAAUAAAAACUAGACUUUAGAGAAAAAAAAGAAAACUAAUGAU